AUGAUGCAGUCAGCCACAUCAGCCGUGCCGAUCCCCUCGCGUCGCCUUCCUACCGACAAGAUCUCGACAGCCGUGAAGUUUCCGUCUUCGGAUCGCAGUCCUGCAGAUGCUUCUGGCGAUGAUGCAGAUGACCCAGCAAGCCGGUCAAGUACCUCUUCCUCCAUAGCAUCGCCUACAAUCUCUACACCGCGGGCCUCCUCGCCGGAUCACCACUCGCCCUUGCCUCGUCGCAGCAGAGUCACAUUCGAGCCACCACACUCAUCUCGCGAUAGCUUGGAGAGUCCGGUCUCUCCGUCCACGGACUCUACGGUCCCAGCAUGCAUGGCCGGUCUCGCCUUCCAGGUGCAGUCGGCUGUUUCUCGUAAUGUCACCGGUCCUCUGGUUCAAGUGCUCACGGACGCGGAAGAGGCAUCCGCCCUUCAUCACUUCGGGGUACGGAAUGACACGACCGGUCAAACAGCAUCUAGCAGCUCGACUCCUCAUAGCGCUCCACUAGCCCGACAAGGGUCUGGCAGCUCUGCCUACGCUGACGCCCUCAGCUCGCCUGAUCUCGCUGCAAUUGAUCUCAAAGCACAUUCACCUCUCCCUGGCAUGCCGAGCAGUACCAGCGAAGAAGUCAUCGAUGCGGCUCUCGGCUCGAGUCCAUUCAGCGCGUCAACCGGCUCGCGACCUCCACCCACUCCGCUUGUUGCGCCGAAGCUGCAAGAGGCGGACAACAGUAGCAGCGAUGGUAGCGGCACCGAGACUUCAGCAGCACAGUCUGACAUCAGCCGUACUCCAUCCACCUCUACCACAGGCUCCAGUCACGCUGGCAGUCUCGAUACAGCCAUCAGUUCGGUACCUUCAGGCGCCGAAUUUGAGAGCAACUACAAAUCACACAUCGAGGAGCAAUCUGCAGACACCCUACGUGUCGAAGUCGGAAGCUUCGAUCCAAGCCUCCAGCCCAGCCAAGCAUCUCCCGUGUCCUUGAUCUCUGAAGGCGAUGCCGCGCUUUUGGAAUACCCGGACCUCGCCGAGGAAGGCGCAAUGGAUCCGAGCAUUGCUGAAGCAGCGUACACGACCGCCAAAGUCCGCCGCUAUGCUGCCCUGCUCGAGCUCAUCGACACCGAGCGCAAUUAUGCCGAUGAUCUCGCCACACUGGUCUUGGUCUUCUUCGACAACCUCUGCACGAUGCCUUUCUUCAACGACCAGCCCGCUCGCCAGGCGUUGGUCAUGAGGAAUUCGGAAGACCUGCUUCGCACCCACCAGAAAUUGUCGGCCAAACUGGAGGGCAUUCUCGUUGACCUCGGACUCCGAAAGGCUGGACAGCAACGACACGUAGAGGUCAAGAAGACCGAGCUCGAAAGGGCGCUCAGCCCUCAAGCCGACGAGGCCGUUGUCCGCGUCGCCAAGCUUUUCAACCAGAUGAUACCCUCGCUUGAGUGCUACAAGGCUUUCUGCUCACGCCAUGGCGAAGCGCUGGCCCUGAUCCGUGAGGCGGAGAAGCGACAUUCCGAUUGGGACGCCUUCGAGAGGCACUGUGCCGACAUCCUCAAGCUUACUCGGCUACCUCAUAAGGGAGGUUCGCGUCCACCCUCCGGCGCCAACACACCCAACGUGUUUGCCAACAGCCCAGCAUCGUACUUCACGCCCAUGUCUGCCGCCAACUCUUCGAACGUCUCCUCGAGCUCCACCUCGACUCUGCAUGCCACUUCUAACCCAGGCAGCACUGCAACGACCCCUAACUUGGCUCCUAACGCGAUCCGCCAGAACUCUUCACGACUACUGUUCAGGGAUUUCCUCAUCAAGCCCAUCCAGCGACUCUGCCUAUAUCCGCUCGUAUUGCAAACACUGCAGAAGCACAGCUCCGGGACCGGCGGAUCCGUCGAAGAGCUUGCCCUGGCCAUUUCUCUCAUGAGAGAAGUCGCCGAUCAGGUGGACGAGGCCGGAAAGCGUCGCGAGUCGGAGCUCCGUGCUGAUCUGAUCUUGUCGCGCAUCGAGCCGAACCAGAAUGUUACAGCGUCCUUCCUCAAAUCGCUUGCAGAUUGUCAGCUCUCAGGAACGCUGGACGUCUUGCACCAUCACCGGGUUUUGAACCCGCUCGUAGCGCCUCUGCGCUUCAAGUACCUCGGCGUCUUGAUCUACCACGGCUUCCUCAUCAUGGUCAAGGUUCGCAAGAAUUCGACGUACGAGUGUCGGCAUUGGUUCCCGCUGUGGGCCGCCCGCCUCUCAAACGUGGAAGACGAGCGGAAUUUGAUCCCUCACUCGUUCCGACUGUCGGUCAAGGAGCACCACUUCGAGCUUGCCGCGUCCAACACCAAGGAGAGGCAGCUCUGGAUCGAUAUGCUCUCGCUCGCCAUUUCUCGCGCAACAUUCUCGCCAUCAGGUUCCGAGGCAGCUUUUCCGUGCAGCCUCUACUUUGGCGAUGCAGCCGACGGCGAGCUGCUCGAAGCUUCCGAGGCACCGACACCCAACGCCAGUCGCCCUUCGGAAUUCCAGGGCUACUUUGAUUCAUCCAAGCCGGGCACAGUCGAUCCCUUGAUGGAAUUCCUGGCGAUGCACGCAGCGGGAGCAGCGCAAGCUACGAGCUCGAACCAGAAGGGUCAGCGCUCGUCGUCUGGGCCCUGGAUGCCGACCGAGAUCUUGCUGCGACAUGCGUCGCCUAAUUCUCGCGCCAUCGUGGAUCGCGGGAUGAUCCUGUCCGACUCGGUCAUCUCAGCCCGCAUCGCUCGAGACGGAGGUGCUCUUUCGACAUUAUAUGCAGCUUCAGGGUCCAGUCUUGGAUCCGCGGUUGGUUCUUCCCUCGGUCUCAAUCGCCUUUCUGCGAAGGAGACCUCGGCCGUCAAGAUCCAGCGCCGCAAGAGCUGUGCAGGUCUGCUCGAGAAUCCUGACGCGGACGAGGACCCAAACAACUUGGUCUUCACGGCCGAAUUUGUGCACCCAGGCGCGCGGUCGCGAUCGUCAACCAAGCUGCAGCUCGAUACGCCGACUGACCGAGAGGGAUGGAAGUCGACUCUGCUCAAGAAAGCCAACAGGGUGCGACCAGCUAGUAUCUUUGCGCCGACGGGACUCAACGUCAACACAGAGCUCGGCAGCCCUACCUGGGGUCCGGGCUCUGCCUCGACGCCCACUUCGCCUGUCACGUCCAGCCGCGAGCUCCCUGUGCACGAAUUUGGAAGCUUCGGCGUCGCUGGCUCUGUGCCUCUGAGCUCGAAUCCGCGACUGACCUUGUCCGGACCUGCUGCGGGAUCAGCCUCGCACUCGCUGACGUCUUCUCCCAUCGUUGGAACCGGAUCCGCAGGAAACUCAACGAACAACUUGCGAGCUUCGGUGUCAUCGCUGCCUCCACGAUCUCGCAACAGCUUUUACGGUAUGCGAGACUCUCUCACCAUGACGUUUGGCAAGAGGUCUCGAACCUAUUCUGCCGAUGCGGGCUUUGGCGACACCGAUCCCACCGCCGACUUCAGCGCCAACUCGGCACUGUCGUCAGCAUAUGCGUCGCCGAUGGCAAGCACCCAGGACCUGCACCACGCUAUCGGAACUGAUGCUCUCGCGCCGCGUAGACCGUCUGCGGACGAGAUCUUCUCGCAGCAGCAACUGAGGUCGCGAUCCGGCGGUCGUUCCCGCACCAACUCCAUCACGUCGGUGACUGGAUCGCUUCGCCGUGCGUUCACCAACGCAUCUAUUGGGGCCCUCAACCACAAACGCGCGCAGGCGGACAUUGUCAAGUCGAUGGGAGGCACGGUACAGUCCGAGAGGCAGCUCGCCGCAGGCGGACUUGCGACACCGCUCACCGAAGUUGCACCAUCUGUCAGUACUUCCGAAAGUCAAGACGACUCGCCGCGGAAGAACAAUCAAACCUUGCGCAGGUCGAGGACGAUGCUCAACUAUUCGAAGAACUGGUUCCGCGCCUCGGCUGCCGCCAAUGUCGUCGAGCGCGUCCAUGCCGAAGCCGUCUCGCCUGGCCAGGUGACGCGGACGCAGACGUCUUCGUCGAAGCCAAGUGUCUUGGCCUCUUCUUCCAUGAGCGACUUUGACGUGGCUCAAGAAGCUCCCAAGCCGUUGCGUGCCAGUAGCACACCUGUCGCCCGCCAGAGUCGCUCGCACGCAGAAGGACUAAGGAGGGCAUCGGACACUCAGCUGACGACCAUCGCUGAACAACAUCGAGGCGCCGGCGACAUGGGCGUUCGACGGGCUUCCAAGGGCUUCAAUCCGCUCAAGUUCCUGCAAAACAAUCGUCUCUCUCCGCUUCCUGCAAAGGCGGCACUGCCUUGA